AUAUUAGUACGCAUGCGCCAGUCGUCCCUUCCCUCCUCCCCUCCCCACCCCUUCCUUCCCCGGGAGCAAUACUGGUGUUCAUCCGAACAGACCGAGUGUGAUAAACGUUAUUGCAUAAUUAUAAACGAUGGUGGCACAUACAGUACUCCUGGACUUCACGGUGUCCAGUAGCGUAAUCGCCGAUAUGGAAAAACGAUCGGGCUUGAAGUCGGCGAUCGGGAACGUACUAGCGGAACAUUUCAUCGGUCUCAAGCCAUUGACAGAAUCUAAUAUCGAUGGCAGUUUGCUCGUUUUAUAUACCGGACCUAGGGGCAGUUUGAUCACUGUCAGAGGAUACACGGAAGGUCUGAUUACGUUAAACAUCGAAUAUUACAAGCAGGAUGAUCAGGAAGCUCUGUUAACUUUUGAGCAGUUGCGAUACUUGGAAGCUGAUGUUGCCAUGGCUUUGAACAGCCAGCGUAGCAAACACUUACCGCCAAUAAGACGAGGAACCAUAUAUGACCUCUAUCUGACGCUAUCAGAUGAACGGCUACUGGAGUAUGACAUCGACAAACUCGUAUUCGAGGCUAGAUCACCAUAUCAGAAGGUACAAAUUGUGCACUCCAAAUCGCUUGGUAAUCUGCUAGUACUCGACGAGCUACAAAAUAUGUCCGAGGCAGAUCUUAUAUAUACAGAAACACUAAUGCAGCGUGGCAAAGAAAACUAUGCUGGCAAGGAAAUAGUGAUACUUGGCGGUGGUGAUGGCGGCCUAUUAUGGGAAUUGUUGAAAGAAAAGCCAAAAUUUGUCACAAUGCUAGAAAUAGAUGAUAUUGUCAUGAAAGCUUGUAGUCAGCAUAUGCGAAGCAUAUGUGGUGAUUGCUUAGACAAGAGAAAGGGCGAUAAUUAUGAAAUUAUUGUUGGAGAUUGCGUGAAAGCAUUAGCGCAUAUGAUUGAGGAAGGACGACAGUUCGAUUAUGUAUUCGGCGAUUUAACGGAUAUUCCUAUUAGCACAACACCACAUGGUGAUGCCUGGGACUUUAUUAGACUAAUCUUGAACUCAUCAAUGAAGGUAUUAAAACCUUCAGGAAAAUAUAUGACACAUGGAAAUGGCGCGUCUUGUCCAGAAUCCUUAAAAAUGUAUGAAGAGGUUCUAUUACAACUGUGCGUACCGGUCACAUUCACAAAGGAUCGCGCCUUUGUCCCAUCCUUUUUCGAGGACUGGAUCUUCUAUCAAGUCUCAUUGAAAUGAUGGAGCAAAGAAUAUUCAAAAACCUGGAGGAUUAUAAUAAGGUGGCCUCCUCACAAUCGAUUGUCUCUUUUAUGACACAAGCUUUAUUCCUUACUCCUAGCCUUAUUAAUUAAUGAAAUUAGUUCCUGACUGAGAAGUAAAUCAAACUAUUAUUAAUUAAUUCAUCUUGUAAUACAUUAAUUAAUUGCGCUAUAUUUUCUUUCGUUAGAUUUUUAAGAGAAUUUGUUUAUAUUUUUAACAUUAAUGUAAAACAGAAAGUGCACUGGAAAGUGAUUCCAAAAUUUGAUAAAUUGAAUAUGUGAUAAUAAAGAACAAAGCAGUUUUUACAUUAA